AACCAACAUUUCUACUUAAAAAAAAAAAAAAAAAAACAACCAGGACAAAAAUUCCUCCAUUUUUCCUUCUUCCCUUCCCCUUCCUUCUUCUCCUCCAUUUUUCAAUUAUUAUUGCAGAAACAAGAAAUAAGUCCAAAUGGCUGACUCCAAAGGCAACCAUAAAUGGAGUUUCUAAGGGAGAUUUUAAAAUAAAAGGACAACAUUGGAUUUGCGUUGACUGAAAUGGAUUAGCAGACAAUGGAUAAGUAAAUUUGGGAAGCUACAUUAUCUUUGGAAUUAAUAAGGAGGUUAAAUUUUUUAUUUGAUUUGAAGGGACCGAACAAUGUUGUCUAAAGGGGAACAUCAAACGGUCCCAUUGUCUGUACUGCUGAAGCGGGAACUAGCCCAUGAGAAGAUCGAAAACCCCGAGAUUUCUCACGGUCAAGCUGCUCAGAGCAAGAAAGGGGAAGACUUCACCUUCGUCAAGACAGAAUGCCAGCGUGUUUUGGGAGAUGGAGUCACUACCUUUUCUGUUUUUGGGUUAUUUGAUGGGCACAAUGGGCCGGCAGCUGCUAUAUAUACUAAAGAGAAUCUGUUGCAGAAUGUCUUGAGCGCUAUUCCCGCAGACCUGAACAGAGAUGAGUGGGUUGCAGCAUUGCCUAGGGCUUUGGUUGCAGGAUUUGUCAAGACAGACAAAGAAUUCCAAGAAAAAGCACAAAAAUCAGGGACAACAGUCACAUUUGUUAUAAUUGAAGGAUGGGUUGUAACAGUUGCAUCAGUUGGUGAUUCUCGAUGUAUAUUAGAAUCUGCAGAAGGAGGAAUUUAUUAUCUAUCAGCUGAUCAUAGACUAGAGUGCAAUGAAGAGGAGAGGGAACGCAUAACAGCAAGUGGUGGUGAGGUUGGUCGACUUAAUACUGGCGGUGGUACACAGAUUGGUCCUUUGAGAUGUUGGCCUGGUGGCUUAUGCCUCUCGAGAUCCAUUGGAGAUAUGGAUGUUGGCGAGUUCAUUGUUCCUGUACCCUACGUAAAGCAAGUGAAGCUAUCUUCAGCAGGUGGAAGACUAGUAAUAGCAAGUGAUGGUGUCUGGGAUGCUUUGUCUGCAGACACGGCUGUAGAAUGUUCUCGUGGAAUGCCUCCGGAUGCUGCAGCUUCUCAAAUUGUUAAGGAAGCCGUGCAGCCAAAAGGGAUUCGAGAUGACACAACCUGUAUUGUGGUUGACAUACAGCCCUCAGAAAAGCCAAAUCCUCCCCAGCCACCACCCAAAAAGUCAGGGAAAAAAGUGUUUAAGUCUAUAUUUCGCAAAAAAGCUUCUGAGUCAUCGUCUAAUCCCGAGAAAGAUUAUGAUGAACCAGAUGUGGUGGAAGAACUAUUUGAGGAAGGAUCUGCGUCACUUUCUGACAGGUUAGACGCAAAAUAUCCAGUUUGCAACAUGUUCAAGUUAUUCAUGUGUGCCGUCUGUCAAGUAGAAAUAAAGCCUGGAGAAGGUAUUUCAAUACAUGCUGACUCCUCGAAUACAAGAAACCUUCGUCCAUGGGAUGGCCCUUUUCUUUGCUCAAGCUGCCAAGAAAAGAAAGAAGCCAUGGAAGGAAAAAGACCUUCUGGAAAUGGAAGAUAUAGUAGUGACAGCGACUAGUUAACCACCACAUGCAACUACUAACAAUUACUUCACCAAUGAUUAUAGUUGGCAAUUCCAGCAUCAUCGAAUGAACAUUUCUUCAGUUUCAGUAAACAAAUUAUAUUAUUGCUUCUGUGGCAUCUCAAAUACAAGCGCCAGUCGUUCGGGUUUGCCUCUUUUAGGUUAAAAGCUGGAGAGUGACAAAUGCCUUAGUAAACUGCAGAGCCACUUUCUAAAAAGGGGGUUCACAUUUCAAGUACAUCUCUCCCCAGCUGGAGGUGAUAAGACUAUGGAAACUUAAGACCAUAUAUACUGAUUCUUUUUUCCUCUGUAGAAUUGAUAGUGAGUGAAAGGCAUUGUUCAGUGUAACUUUAUUAGCUAGUAAGAUUGUUAGGUGGUUUUUUCUUUUUUUCCUCCUUGUUCUUUCCACUAGGAUAAAGUUGUUGAUCAACCUGUUAUUGAAUUUAUUCUUGUAUCAUUAAUUAAUUCCUUUCUUUAAAACAAGAAGGGGUAGCUAUUCAAAUCAGAUUGUUCUCUCAA